GGCCGCCUCGCCUUCCCAUCGCCUCGUUUUGUAUCCGGGUCUUUUGGGUUCGUGCUCCACCUGCCGUCCCGGGUCGUUCGUGGGGUGCUAGGUGUUGGCUGUUUCAGCGCUGGAAGAGCAGGUUCGAACCUCUUGUCCUGGAAGCUGUGCAUCACCGUAAUGAGGCUUGUAAUUCUUGAUAACUAUGACUUGGCUAGUGAGUGGGCAGCCAAAUACAUCUGUAAUCGCAUCAUUCAGUUCAAACCUGGACAGGACAGAUACUUUACACUGGGUUUACCAACAGGUAGUACACCAUUAGGAUGUUAUAAAAAACUAAUAGAAUAUCACAAGAAUGGAGACCUGUCUUUUAAAUAUGUGAAGACCUUUAACAUGGAUGAAUAUGUAGGACUUCCCAGAAAUCAUCCGGAAAGCUACCAUUCUUAUAUGUGGAAUAAUUUUUUUAAGCAUGUUGAUAUAGAUCCUAAUAAUGCUCAUAUUCUUGAUGGGAAUGCUGCAGAUUUACAAGCAGAAUGUGAUGCAUUUGAGAAGAAAAUAAAAGAAGCUGGAGGAAUUGAUCUUUUUGUUGGAGGAAUUGGUCCAGAUGGUCAUAUUGCUUUCAAUGAACCAGGAUCCAGUUUAGUAUCAAGAACAAGAUUAAAGACACUAGCGAUGGACACCAUUUUGGCAAAUGCUAAAUAUUUUGAUGGAGAUUUAUCGAAGGUGCCAACUAUGGCUCUAACAGUCGGUGUGGGGACAGUGAUGGAUGCUAGAGAAGUGAUGAUCCUCAUAACAGGUGCGCACAAGGCCUUUGCUCUUUACAAAGCAAUAGAAGAAGGAGUCAACCACAUGUGGACUGUUUCAGCUUUCCAGCAGCAUCCCCGAACUAUUUUUGUGUGUGAUGAGGAUGCUACCUUAGAAUUAAGAGUUAAAACUGUGAAAUACUUUAAAGGUUUAAUGCAUGUGCACAAUAAACUUGUGGAUCCACUAUACAGUAUGAAAGGAGGAGAUUGAAGGAAAUUGGAGCAAAAUUCUGCUUGUGAAUGAACAGAACACUUUUAUACUAGAUGAAUUUGCAGCUAUGCAAUAUGAUAAAACAUGGAGAAUUUUUGAAGACUGUCAUUUUUGAAGUCCAAUAUCUAUAUACUAAACAUUCCAUAUUUAGAAUGUAUCCAUUUUAUACUAGGGUUUAGGAGUAGUUGGCUCUCAAAAUUAAUCAGCUGUUUAUUUUAAAGUACAGGAACCACAUAUCCACUCUGUAAAACAGCAUAGAAAUGAAAUGUCUGCCUAUUUAAAAUUUUAAAAAGUCAUUUUAAAGGUAAAGAGUCUGUUACAUCAAGUACAUUCAUAUGACUCCAGUGGCAUUGUUAGAUUAUUAUUUUUAAUCACAUGAAGACACACUCAUCACAGACUUUUACUGGUACUUUUGAAAUGUUAUCUUUGUAUUUUUCUGUGCAUUACACAAGCUUUCUGCACGUGGUUGCCUUAAGUCAUUUUCCUGCAGUAGCAUCUGGACGUCAAAAGUCCUGUUAUAUAUUGUAGGUACAGAAAAUUUGGAGAGAUGAUGGUGCCUAAAAAUACAUAUACAUCCUUCUUAAAGGUAUGAAUAAGGGCAUGAUUUUUGUGCACCUUUUUUUAUUACAAUUGUGCUCUUGUUUUUAUUUAAUGACUUGGGUUCAUGCUUUUAAUAUAAGUACUUUGGCACUAUGAGCUUUAUACCUAGUUACACACUUAAGGAAAUUCUUUUAAAGGAAAUUUUCUGAUUAUUGUUAAACUUCAUA